AUAGGUUUAUUUUAGGCGAGUUGCCUUUAGGUGAUAUAUCAAUCAUUUAGAAUUAAUAGAAGACGAACGAAAACACUGAUAUUAGUCGCCGAGACUGAUUGGGUAAAUGGCAUCAUCCACCGACCCCAGCGCCGAGGCGCAGAAGCCCAAGAAGCAGCUUCUCCUAAACGCCUUCGUAAUGACAACACCUGGUCAUCUAUCGCCAGGAUUGUGGCAUCACCCACGGAACAAGACAGACGAUUACAACAAGCUCAAAUUCUGGACAUCGCUAGCACAGCUUUUAGACGAAGGUGGAUUUCAUGCUAUGUUUAUUGCGGACACGUUAGGGGCCUACGACGUAUACAAGGGUCCAGCAAACGUCGAGCCUGUGCUUAACUCGGGCGCGCAGUUUCCCGUUAACGACCCGUUGUACACUGUUCCAGCCAUGGCAGCCGCAACUAAGAACCUGAUCUUUGGGGUCACUGCGUCAACGACUUACGAUGCGCCUUACGCUCUAGCGAGGCGAUUUUCCACCGUGGACCAUCUAGCUGAAGGGCGAGUGGCGUGGAACAUCGUCACCUCAUACCUCGAGAGCGCAGCUAGAAACUUCGGGUUGGAAACGCAGAUUGAGCAUGACGAGCGUUACCGGAUUGCGGACGAGUAUAUGGACGUAGUUUACAAGCUAUGGGAAAGUAGUUGGAGAGACGAUGCAGUUGUCCGGGACAGGGAGAAGGGUCAAUUCGCGGUGGCCGGGCGAGUACGCCCGAUCGGUCAUCAAGGGAAGUAUUUCAAAGUACCGGGACCCCACAUUUCGGAGCCGUCUCCUCAGCGGACGCCGUUCUUGUUUCAGGCAGGCACAUCCAAGGCCGGAACCGAAUUUGGCGCAAAGCACGCUGAGGCAGUCUUUAUGGGAGGUCAACUACCGGAACUAGUACGAAAGUCGGUCGAUGCGCUUCGGUCAACUGCCAAGCAAUUCGGCAGGGACCCGAGUCACAUCAAAGUCUUCACGGGAGUCACCGUCAUCGUAGAUGAGACGGACGAGAAAGCGCAGGCUAAGUACAAGGAAUUACUCUCAUACGGAGACCGAGAAGGAGCACUUGCGCUGUUCGGCGGCUGGACAGGGAAUGAUCUUUCGUCAUUCUCAGAUGACGAGGAUCUGAUCCUGGUCGACAAACCUGCCAUCCGAUCGCUGAUCAACCGUUGGUCGAGCACGGUCCCCGGCACAGAAGGAUUGAAAUGGACGAAGGCUCGAGUUGUCGAGUUCUUAUCGAUAGGAGGCAUGAUGUAAGAUCUGACUUGAUGUCUUAAAAAAAGAAAACAUCCCAGGGGUGAUGCUGAUGCUGACUACAUUUGCAGGCCUAAGAUUAUCGGCAGCCCGAAGACGGUUGUCGACGAGCUUGAGAGAUGGUCCGAGGUGGCAGACGUUGACGGGUUCAACCUCGCACAUGUGGUAAAUCCCGGCUCGUUUGAAGAUAUUAUUGAGUUUGUCAUACCCGAAUUA